AUGGAUGUUUCAAUGCCCUUCGUGUGGGCAGUACUUCUUGGUUUCAUACUCUUCAUCAUCACCAUCAGAUCAUUUAAACCAAAACAAAGCUGGCAAGGUCCUCGUUUGCCACCUGGUCCUUCAGGUAAUCCUAUCUGGGGCCAUCUUCGCAUUAUUCCAAAAGAUCAUCCAGAGCGUCAAUUCGUACAAUGGGGAAAAGAGUAUGACUCGGAUAUCCUCUAUUUCAAUGUCUUAUCUCGCCCCAUGAUUGUACUCAACAGUGUCGAAAGCGCUCACAACCUUCUCGAUAAAAAAGGAGCCAAUUAUGCCGAUCGCCCACGUUUUGUUCUCUUUGAAGUGAUGGGAUGGGGUGUCACUCUGACAUUUCUGCGCUGGUCACCACGAUUCAGACUACACCGGAAAUUACUCCAGCAGUCCUUUACUCAGUCUGCUUGUAAGCCCUAUCGACCUAUCCAGCAAGAAGAGGCUCGCCGUGCUGUUAAAGCAAUUCUACGAAAACCAGAUGAGUGGGAAGCUCUCCUACGACAAUUUUCAACUGCUGUCGUUCUACGUAUUGGGUUCGGGAUUGAUGUUCAAGAAGAGAAUGAUCCAUAUGUUCAGAUGGCUCUCGAUGUUGAGGAAGCUACUGGGAAAGGUGGUGUACCGGGAGCAUCAAUCGUGGACUUUUUUCCAAUCUUGCGAUAUCUUCCUAGUUUCGUCGAGAAACUCUGCACCGCUUUCCAGCCUCUUGCUCAUGCUCGUCGCACAAAACCUUCUAUUCAACAUCUACACGAUGCACCUUGGGAUGCGACUGAGUCUUCGAUUCGUUCUGGAAAAGCUACUCAGCCUUCAUUUAUGUUGACGCAUUUCGGGAAAUACCUCUCUAAUGAAGAGAAGGGAAUACCGAACGAGGUUACCAUCGCUGAUCUCAAAGGUGCGGCAGGCGCAAUAUCUAUUGCAGGUGGUAAUACAACGUGGUCUACCGUGAUUGUGUGUAUUUUCAACUUAAUGAAACACCCUCAUAUCCAAACCAAGGUUAAGCAAGAAAUCGAUCGCGUGGUAGGUACUGAUGAACAUGGGAAUCUCCUCCGACUACCGGAUUUUGAUGAUAGACCACAAUUAAAAUACCUUGAGUGCGUUAUUCAAGAGGCAACACGCUGGGCGCCUCUUUCACCACUUGGUGUUCCUCAUGCGUCAAUCGAAGAUGACAUUUAUGAUGGUUAUUACAUUCCCAAGGGAUCAGUGGUCUUCGCAAAUGCAUGGGCAAUGUCCCGCGAUAAACGCCAUUACUCUUCGCCGGAUGAUUUUAACCCAGAUCGGUUCAUUUCGAAGUCUGAGGGUGGGAUGGGUGAGCCAUUACCUGAGGGACCCUUUGGUUUUGGGAGAAGGGUUUGUCCAGGUCAACAUCUCGCCCUUGCUGGUGUCUAUAUCGUGUUAGUCACUCUGGUGGCCACAAUGGAGCUCAAUUGCCCUGUUGAUGAAUCUGGUAAAAGGAUUGAACCAAAAGUGAGUUUCUCAAGUGGGUUGAGCGGCGUUCCUGAUAGCUUUGCAUGUGUCAUGAAACCACGAUCAGAAAAGACUCGAGAAUUGCUCAUUGGGGAAUAA